AUGACCUGCACGACGAGCUCCAAUCUGCUGCAGCCAUCGCCCACCGCCACCUCGCCCCUCUCCCGCCCUCCCAUCUACGCUCCUACCCGCACCCCGUCCCCAUCCGUACGCAUCAACCGCCGCUCAUCGCAAGGCCAGACCCCACGUCCCAUAUCCAUCCAUGGCUCUUCCACGGCCUCAUCUAGGGUCUCUGUACCUCCCUUCACCCCGUCUCCUGGCAGAUCCUCCACCCCGAUACCACACUCGCCACCCACCGGCGGCGGCUCCACAAACCCUUCACCCCUUUCCCGCUCUCAGCCCCUCUUGGGCUCAUACGCUUUGUCCCUGUUGCACGCCCCCAUGUGUGGUCAUCGGCCACACCAGCCCACGCCUGGUUUUACCCUCCAUCUAGGCGCAGUGGGCAAGGGUAAGACUUGCCUCAAAGAAUUACGCUGCCCGGCACAUGUCGUCGUACCAUUCGAAGCGUUCUACUAUGACCUCGGAGACGAUGAUGCGAAUGGUCCGCAGGGCAAGACACCGUGGGUGGGGAGUGUCGAUGUGCAGAGGUGGUAUUUCGAGUCGUAUUCAACUGUGGGGCUGCCGCUGCAAGAAGGAGCGAAAGUACCGGCUGGACCACCGCCCGUCUUUCCGGGUUAUCGUGUCGCCCGCCGAGGUCAACUGCAGAUCCUCAUCAAGACGCCCGAACCGAGUGCUGCUGCCAAGGUGUUUCUCGUACCCUACGAUCUACGGAGAGUACCAGUGGGAGGGCGACUACUCUUGAGGGAGGAUAGCUAUGUGGGGCAUGAGAGCAGGGUGGAAGGAGAGAAGGAGGUGCUGCGGUACGCUAUCCAGCUUCAAUUCAUCUGCCUCUCACGGCCAUGUCCAGAUGGCGGGCCGCCGAUGCUGUCCUACUAUGUGACCAAGUCGCUACGAGUCAUCUUUUCGAUUUCGCCCUUGGAGAAGGACGAGACGAUGAGGGUAGAACGGACGGAGCAGAUGAUUGAGCCGAGUCUGGAUGUCGAGCAAGGCAAGCGGCGGUCGUCGGGACUGUUGGUGGAGCCAGUAGAGGAAAAGUGGAAUGCCAUCAGGGCAGACUGGGAGAUGCUAGAAGAAGGCAGGAAGGUCUGCAUGCCGCCUCUGAAAGGAUCUCCCCUGUCCCCAACCGUACCCCUACCUUCGUCUACCACAUCCAUCCUCUCCCGGUCGAGACCGACCACGCCGAACCCGAUCAUACCUCCCCUCACUCCCACAUCACAUCUGCCUUCUCUGACGACGCCGCCAAAGGCUGCCAAGGGCCCGCAGGCGGUGACGGUAUGGAGCCCGACAGGGCGAAGGGCGAGGCGGGAGGAUGAGAUGGAGGAGAAAGCGUUGAGUGAAAAGUUAAGGCAGCUGGAGAUGGAGAAGACAGUGUAG